AUGGAGGACGAUAUAGGUGCCCUUGUUCAGGAGAAUGCGCGUGUUGCGCGUGAGUUGAGUGGAGUGGCACUUCUGCGAGUCCCACAAACAACAGAUCCCGGUUGGCGUAUGCGAAUGGACGCUUUAAUUCGCGCAGAAUACCCAAAUCAUGCCCCACCAUCGGCCUCCAACAAAGAGGAGGAUAAAAAGAGUGGAGAAGAGAAUAAUGCACUUAUGCUUCUCCCAUCUGCUAAAUCACAAGGUGAUGCUUCGACAAUAAAACCAUCAUCGAUAACAACAACAACUACUACUACUACUACUACAGGAAUGGGAGUAGCAGAGAAACGUCCUAGAACAGAAGAUUCCAUUAUUUCUAUUGAUCCAAAAGUUUUAAAAUCUCGCAUGACAGCAGUAUCCUCGACCGUUGUGAAUGCUGAAUCACGCGAUGAAACUUAUAUUCCACCUCCUUCCUGGAAGAUGUCAAAGGUAUUGGUGGGACACCGUGGAUGGGUGUGGAGUGCUGCAGUAGAUCCUAGUAAUUCUUGGUUUGCAACAGGUGGAGGAGAUGCGGUAGUGAAGGUGUGGGACCUUACAACUGGAGCUCUAAAGCUUAAUCUUACUGGACAUAAGGAAGCUGUACGUGCUAUAUCGCUUAGUACAUUAUCACCAUAUAUGUUUACUGGUAGUGAUGAUCGUUCUCUAAAGUGUUGGGAUCUUGAACGUAAUGAAAUUAUACGUGACUUCCAUGGUCACAAAGGACCUGUUCACUCCGUAGGUGUUCAUCCAUCAUUAGAUAUUGUUGUGAGUGGUGGUCGUGAUAAAACUGUACGUAUAUGGGAUGUGCGUACUCGCUCUUGUGUACAUCUACUUGUGGGACAUACAGACAGUGUUAUGUCCGUUGCUGUACAGCAAGCAGAUCCACAAGUUAUUUCAGGUGGAAGUGAUGGUAUGAUUUAUCUUUGGGAUAUUGCCUCUGGUCGUGCUUUUACAAGAUUAACUCGUCAUAAAAAACCUGUUCGAGACCUUUCUAUUUCUCGUCAAGGGACAUUAGUCUCUUGUGGAGCUGAUAAUAUUCGUCUUUGGUCUCUUCCAAAGGGAGAAUUUCUCUUUAACGCAUCCACCAGCAAAAAAGGCAAACAUGUGGAAAAGGAAGAAGAUGCAGAGAGUUACCGUUGGACUUGUUGUGCCAUCAGUCCACGCAAUGUAUUGGCUGUGGGAAGUCAGGAGGGAAAACUGGCAUUUUAUGAUUGUGGACAAAUGAAAAGACCACCGUAUCAAUUCACCAAGACAAGGUCUAUUCCAGGGACACUUCCAGGUGAAGGUGGUAUUAAUUGCAUCGCCUUUGAUGCUUCAGGAACACGUUUGAUUACUGCAGAAAGUGACAAGAGUGUGAAGAUUUGGCGUACGAAGGAGUAA